AUGCGUGCAUUCGGAAGUGCUGAUAAUAGCAAUAGUGGCCUAGCCAAACGCGGUCGAUCAUCUGGUGUGCAUAGCUCUAUUUUGCAAGCACAUCACCCUACUGGAGCCGAAACUCGGUUCGCCUGGACCGAAGAGCCAUCUCCGAUGUCACUUCUUGGCGAGGGAUAUGCUAACCGAGGCCGCCAAACUUCUAUCGAAGUCUCUGAACUCAUUCCGCCCAGGCACAAUGCAAUAAAAGCAUUGGCUUUCAGCGAACCUGUGACUCUAACCGUCGAGACGCCGAAAAAUACAAGUUCAUUGCGACGUCUGGCGGAGGCAGAGACCAAGUCCACAGUUGAGGGAAGCACUUUUGGUCGGUGCACGUCAUACCAAAAACUAACACCUACAGCCGAUACAGGACUACGUGUUCGCCAAAUAAGGUCCUCUUUUAAGGAUCCCUUGGACAGUGCAUAUAACCCCAGCCCAUCCCUUUAUUGCCCCCCAUGGAGAGUCGGAACUGCUCCCUCCCCUGUUUGUCCUGAUACCAGUGGAAUAUCAGGGGGAGCUUUGUUACGGCCGCAGCUACUUCGUAUGUCAUCCGCACAUGGCGCAGAAGACGCUAUAUCCUACGGUGCAAUUGGGUCAUCGUUACAGGCAUCACUGUAUACCGGUUCUCGCAAAACUCCUACCUUGUUCAUGCUAGCAAUCGCAGUCGACUUUGGGCUGAAAGACCCAGAACAUGAUUUUGAGCUCAUGAGAUCGUGGCUUGAAGAUCACGAGUCAGGCAUGAUACGUUUCCUAGGCAUCUCAGGGAAAGAGGUCACAAGAGAGAGGAUCGAGGAGGCUAUCGGGGAUCUAUAUCAAGAGGCUAUGCUUAGUCCUGGAUCCAAUCUACUCAUUAUGCUUACCGGCGAGGGCGACUACACCAACAGAAUGCAUCUGACAGAGAAAAGGUUUAUUACUGAUAGCGACAUACGAGGUUGGUUAUGGAAACUUCGUAAGGGAUCGAAGCCUGCCGGUGUUCCCGCUACGGUUGUACUCGACUAUUGCCGUACGAACAAGCAUAUUCCUCUCGGAGCAAUGCAAGAUGGCGUCGAAUUUAUUUGGUCAUGCUCCCUUGGACAGAAGGCGGCAGCACUUAAGUUUAGCAGCAAGGACACUGAAGACUUGCCUCGCUCAUGCUUCCUGCUUGCACUCAUGAUGGCCGCUUAUGAUUUAGUUCACGUUAAGAGCGAUAUCAAAACUGCUGUCAAUCGCGAGAUGGCCCGAUUAUCAUGUUUUUUGGAGCUUGUUGCACAACAGCACAAAAGUGGCUCUUGCGUGGAGACCCAGGAACCCGAUUGGGAUCAAGCAGUACGCACUAAACCUAUCCAUGAUUUAGCAACAUUUCUCUCAAGAAUGAACAUUGUACCGAAGGUUUACCGUGUACUCAUGAACAACAAGUACUUUCGUGAUGCGGCUUCUACGGCACUGCGGUUAGAACAAUCUCCCCGCUAA